CCAUGCGACUCUUGAACUACCCAAAUCCAAAAAGCAUUUUCCCGUUUCCGAGUCGACUCAACAGAAAUCCCGAGUCACGACUCAAACUCACUCGCUCUUGCCGGAAUCUUCAUCUUUUUCGGAAUCUUCACCAUGACACACUGAAAAUCCAUUUCCGUUUAAUCCAAAAUUUCUUGAAUCGAAUUGGAGAAAUAAAAUGAUGAACCAAGAUCAGAUUCUUCGCGCUUCCCAAGACGACGAAAUGGAGUCUUUGGUACUCCACGACGACGGCGACAAUGGCUCCUCCGGCAAUCUUCAACAGCCGCAGCCGAAAAGUCCUGAAUCGCCUUUCAAUUCGUUUCUUGACCCUCCCUCUUACGCCGAAGCGAUAUUCACUUCGUUUGAUUCCAACGGUCACGAUCAAACCCUAGAACAGACGACGCGAUCCGGAUCCGAAUCUGAAUGCAUGCAAAUCUCGGUCUCCGAUCCGCAAGAAGAGCAAGAACUCACGAACUCACUUGUUCCCGGUGGAAGCACGUAUCAUACUUAUCUCAUCACGACGAGGACCGACAAAUCGGAAUUCGGUGUAAGGAGAAGGUUCCGGGAAGUGGUUACACUGUCGGAGCGAUUAUCGGAGGCGUAUCGUGGUUAUGUGAUUCCGGUGAGACCGGAGAAGAGUUCAGUGGAGAGGAAGGUGAUGCAGAAAGAGGAGUUUGUGGAGCAGAGAAGGGUUGCUUUGGAGAAGUAUCUGAGGAAGUUAGGGUCACACCCUGUGAUUGGGAAGAGUGAAGAAUUGAGAUUAUUUUUGGAAGCUCAGGGGAAGUUGCAGUUGGUGAGGAGCACUGAUGUUGCGUCGAGGAUGCUCGAUGGAGCAGUGAGGCUUCCACGGCAGCUGUUUGGUUCGGAGAGUGUGGCUGUUGACUUGAAUGAUGUGGCUCAACCUGCUAAGAGUGGGAGAGACUUGCUUAGGAUUUUCAAAGAGUUGAAACAAUCUGUUACCAAUGAUUGGAGUGCUGCCAAGCCAUUGGUUGUGGAAGAAGAUAAGGAGUUUAUGGAGAAGAAGGAUAAGUUGAUGGAGUUUGAACAACAACUUAGCAAUGUUUCUCAGCAGGCUGAAUCCCUUGUCAAGUAUCAGCAAGACAUGGGUGAAACAAUGGGCGAGCUAGGGUUGGCUUUUGUGAAACUUACUAAAUUUGAGACGGAAGAAGCUGAAUUUGAAUCUCAGAGAGUACGAGCUGCUGACAUGAAAAAUGUAGCAACAGCAGCUGUCAAAGCAAGCAGGUUAUAUAGAGAGCUGAAUACACAAACAAUCAAACAUCUGGAUAAACUACAUGAAUACCUUGGGACAAUGCUAGCCAUCAACAAUGCAUUUUCCGACCGAUCAAGUGCAUUGUUGACGGUUCAAACACUCUCAUCAGAACUAGCUUCUUUACAUUCACGGAUUGAGAAGCUCGAAGUUGCUUCAUCUAGAAUAUUUGGCGGAGACAAGUCUAGGAUGCGGAAAAUUGAAGAGUUAAAAGAAGCAGCGAAAGUAACUGAAAACGCUAAAAUUUGCGCAGAUAGAGAGUAUGAACGAAUCAAGGAAAAUAAUAGGAGUGAGCUUGAAAGAAUUGACCAGGAAAGGCAAAGUGACUUUCAAAGCAUGCUGCGAGGGUUUGUUGUCAAUCAGGCAGGCUAUGCUGAGAAGAUGGCUGCUGUGUGGGAGAAGCUUGCGGAAGAAACAGCUACAUACUCAAGAGACAGCAGUUAAAAUGUACUCGGCUGUAAAUUUUGUUUUCAUUAAGCUACUACUUUCUAGAUUUUACUAGUUUUAAAGAAUACUUGGAAACAUUUGGCGAACAUAGUUUUAACCAACUAGAUUUGUACAUGCAGCGUAUAUUAGUAUUGUCUAAAUGACGUACAGCAUUCCAACGUAGAAAUGUCUUUGACUAUUACUAA